AUGGUGAAAUUGUCAAAUAUAAUUGAAACGCUAUUUAAGAAAAAUGAUACAUCAAAGCUGGAAACGGAUGCUGCUCCAUUACCACCAAGACGAAAAACAGAUACGCACCAGGAAGUGACAAUGUCCGGUGCCAAUGCUCCCGCAACGCAGAAUGGGAAUUUCCCAAAUGGAAAUGCAAACAUCGGAAUGGUGGUACCCGCAAUGGAAAGCCUGGCUCUUGUACCGAACAACACGCCACAAUCGUUGCAGCCGAUUGCAGGAGAAAACCAAACUCCACCACAAACGGUAGUGAACAAUGUGCAGCACAACACGCUCACAGCCCCACAAACGUCCAUUUCCAACACGACCGGAAUGCAGGUGUAUCAGAUAAGAAAUGCAAACAAUCUGCACAUUGGUAACAAUUACACGUUCAAUUCCGCCGUGGUGGACGAAGGUGCUUCGACGAGCGGUUCUUUGUCGAGCACAUCCGGCGUGAAAUGGGCUAACUUGCGGCUGUCCAAUACCAUAACGCAAAUGAUGCACAGCCUGGACGAAGUGGACGCAGAGAUUAUCGAUACGGUGUCUCGCCAUUUAGGGUAUGGAUGGAAAAGUUUCGCCCGCAAGCUGGAAUACUCCGAGGGACAGAUUGAUGCGUUUGAAGCAGAUAACAGCACGUUGGCUGAGCAAAUUUACAGCUUCGUGUUGGAUUGGACUCGCAAUGAUGAUGAUCCAACGCUUGGGCGACUUGUUUCACUGUUGUGGGACAACAAACACAAGGAAACAGUAUACUACAUCAAACAGGUGUGGAAACAACGGAAAGCAGAUAACGCUUCCGGUUGA